AUGACCGCCGCCUCCCAACUGGAUGGGCCUAAUGGGCCGCGGCUCCCGAACCUUUCGGAGCUAGCCAAUGGAGCCCUAGAAAGACCCCCUCCCCAACUGGACUCCUACUCCUAUAAGGAAACUACUAUCAAAAGCCCUAUAAAUACAGCACUACAAGACAACACAAGAUGGAGGAAACUGUGGAAACAUUUCACCGGUAGUUUGGACUUUGAUGCUUCAGACACACUAAGGCUCAUUGCCCAUUUGGAAAAAGACCGCGUAACCGAAGCACGAAGGUAUCGAGAUUGGGUAGAUCAAGUGUUGGUUUCACACGAGGGUUCAUCAUUGAAAGGAUUAAGAAUUGCUUUCGUGUUGGGCAAGUCUAAUGUAGCUGCUCUGAAUAAAUGGCUCUACUUGGCCAUUGUGAAAAGGGUUCAAAGACUUGAACUGGAUUUGUCUUCGGCUGACGGAUGUGUCGGCUGUACUGAUAGUUCUUUCACCUUCCCAUCUUGGUUAUUGCAUAUUAACUUUCUUGACUUUACGAACUUCGACAGGCUAACUUCCUUGUGCUUGAAAUCUAUCUCCAUUACUGAAGAUGAUCUUGCAUACUUCUUAUCGAAGUGUUCAUUGCUCGAGCAAUUAACGGUGGACAAUGCUGCAUAUUUGCACAAAGUCAGAGUUGCUGCUCGUCAAUCACUCAAGUUGAAGCACUUGGAGAUCAGAUACUGUUUGAAGUUGGAGGAUGUUGAGGUUUCAGCCAGGAGUGUUGCUUCUUUUAAAUAUGCUGGCCCCAUGAUUAACAUAAACGUUCCAGAAUUCUCUUCAAUUUCCCUUGCGGUUAAAUACUGUGAAAUGUUAUUUGUGAAGUUUCCUAGAAUCUGGUCUUUCUCAGGUCUCCAGCAACUAGAAUUGAAUCUGAGGGUGAUGGAACCUUCAAGAAGCAUGAGUUUUCCGAAAGAUAUUCCAGAGUUAAGUGAACUCAAGCAGUUGGAGUUGAAGUUUAGAGUACCUGCAGAUCACAGUAUUCUCUUCUUGAGUUCGAUAAUGCACGCGUGCAUCUCCUCGCCUGCUCAAUAUAGGGUUGAAUGGUUUUGGCCACUGGAAACUGAGACUUUGAGAUCGUUGGAAGACUGUGAAAAAGAGUGGAAGGAGCAAGCUGGGGAAAAUCGUCAUCAGAGCCUAAAGGAGAUCGAAUUCGUUGGUUGGAUUGGACUGGAGAAGACUGAUGCCCAAUUCGCCCAUUAUUUGAUGGAUAGUGCCAUUUCACUUGAGAAGUUGAUUCUUGAUUUCACAAGUCCAUGCUUGAUAGGAAAAUGGCAUUUCUGGGAGACUCCUUGUAUUCGAAGGAUGAUCAUACUUGGUAUUUACUAA